AAGGAUGUGACCAAAAACGUUGUGUAUGAUACUGACACUAGCUAGUAGAGAAAAAAAGCCAUCAUGAAAGAGAGAUAGGUUGUGUUUUGUUGUGAUAAAAUAUAAGCAAGCAAUUGCUGCCAAGCAAAACAAAAGCAGUGAACAGCAUUUCUUCUUUUAAUGCUGCUUUGAGAGCCAAGAGAGCAGACAUGAACGACAGUUUCGACCGAGCUCCCGGAGCAGGGAGAACCCGAAAUCUACCCGCGGACCCAGGGCUUGCGGGAAGCGCCGCCGGAGAAUGUGACACCAAAACAACGCUUUUCAACCAAAGGGAACCAUUGAGACAGCCGAGAACAUCCCCGCCUUUUGCCGAGAACAUUAGCACGGCCAACGUUGGGGGGUGUGGAGAUUUGCAAAGACAGAGCAAACCGCUACAAAGUACAAAGGCCAACAGCACGUCUGCCUCCACAGGUUUUAAUGAAGUGGAUUCUUUGGUCAAGUCAUCAAAGCUUUCAGCCAGUGCCCCAGAGUUUGUCCCCUCUGGAAUCAACCCGUAUGAAGACCCCUCUUUUUAUGAUGACAACGACAGCUAUUACGGUGAACCAACCUUGGCUGAAACAGUCACAGACUUCCUGGCCCACCUGAGCUCCUCACCAGGAUCCUUUGAGUCGGAUGUUGAACACAUAACUGGCAUGCUCAAUUCCUGGGUUACUACUGAAGAAUUGUUGAAGGAGCUGGUGGAACUGAUCUACACACAGUCUACUGCCAUUCCAAACUUCUCUUACACGGGUGCCAGGCUCUGUAACUACCUGUCCCAUCACCUCAUGGUCAGUCCACCAAGUGGCAACUACCGUCAGCUGCUCCUGCAAAGAUGUCGAAAAGAAUAUGAACAGAGGGAUGUAGCGGUUGGAGGAGACCCGGAGACUCAGAAGAAAUUCCAUUCUUUUGUGCUAUUUCUUGGAGAGCUCUAUCUUAGCCUGGAGAUAAAGAGAGCAACAGGACCUCCAAAUCGAGCAGAUAUCCUCCUCACUGCGCUGAAAGACCUGUUAGUCAGUCUGUUCUCCAAACCUGAUGAUGCAAAUCUCAUUUGCGCUGUCAAACUGCUGAAGCUGACAGGCUUGGUACUGGAUGACACGUGGAAAGAGAGUGGAAAACCACACAUGGAGGAACUGAUCCAAAGAAUAGAAACUAUUCUACUGGAUGCCACUUGCAGCAGGGAUGUCAGACAGAUGCUUCUUAAACUAGUGGAGUUGAGAUCCAGUGAUUGGGGCCGAGUCCGUUAUGCUGCAGCAGCCAGCAACGCCACGCCAGACAACGACCCUAACUACUUCAUGAAUGAACCUACAUUCUACACAGAAGAUGGUACUCCUUUUACAGCAGCAGACCCAGAAUAUGCUGAGAAAUACCAAGAGAUCCUGGACAGGCAGGACUAUUUCCAUGAUCUUGAUGGAGAAAAUGGAAAUGAAAUAUACGACUCUGAAGAUGAGAUGGAGCCUGAGAUAGAAGAAGCUUUUGAGAAUUUUUGUUUAGAAGCAGAGAAGAAACGACAACAAUGACACAAGAGUGAGAAUCUGUAAGACUCAACAGGCACAUAUUGUACUGUUCACGCUCAACUUUCUGGAAUGUUGAAAAGGAAAGGAAACUAGAAUCAGAUAGGUUCAAACUUUCAUUUUACUGCAAACAAGCAUUUUAAAAUAAGAGCUGUUCAUAGUUGCACUUCUGACACUUUUUUCCUUCAGUGUUGAUUAGGAAAUGGGGAGAAUCAACAGGCUUAAUUGUUUGAAAUAUUGAGGUAUUGCAGGGGGUUUUUGGACAUGAAAAUUCUUUCUUUGUUGUUUCAAAUAAUUUCAUGAACGUAUUUCCUAAAUGCCUAAACUAAAAUGCCAAGUGGGAAAUAGUUUGCUGUGGUUUUUUUUUUUUGAGUUCUUUUCUGAAAGACAGAUACGUUUCAUCAGAGGUGUGCAUAUUUUGUUAAAUACUAAUUGCCCCUGCAUUACGUAUAGGCCAAAAGGUUGUGCACUUUGGAAAAUGCAUUCUAGCUCUAAAAAACUUUUUUAAAUUCAAAUUUGGAAUUGAUUAUAGAUAAACUUCUUUUGGGGCUAAAGACAGCAUGUAAAAUAUUAAACAUUUUGAGAAUCAGCGGUCAGUGUGACAUAAAAAGGAAGAAUUGUUAUCCCAAGACUGAAAGACUGUUUACCAGCCAUCCAUGGAGCCCAUAAAAAGGAAUGUUGUUCUGUAGUUUGUAAAUAUUAUUUAUGGUAUUCUUUGCCUGCAAUAAACUCUUUAUAAUGUGAGAUUUU